AUGGUUCCUUUUGAAAAUUUAGCUAUUGAUAAAAGUUUAGUGCUUUGGAAAGGAAGAUUAUCGUUCAAACAAUUUAUUAAAACCAAACGUCACCGUUUUGGCAUUAAAAUAUUUGUGUUGUGUGAUGUUGAAACCGACUUUAUACUUGACAUCGUUAUAUAUACUGGGAGUACCACUGAGUAUACAAAAACUGACACUAGUCUUGGAAUUUCUGUUGCUGUUGUGAACACACUUAUCAAACCAUAUUUGAAUAGAGGCCAUAAAUUAUUCAUAGAUAAUUGGUAUUCAUCACCAUCCUUGGCUAACUAUCUUCAUAAGAGAAAAACUAAUGUCACAGGGACAGUUCGAAAAAAUCGAAAAGGUAUGCCGACCCUAUUAGCCAAAUUAAAAGUUGGACAAACUGAAAGCCAACAUACAAAGACUAUAUUAGUAGUAAAAUGGAAAGAUCGUAGGGAUGUAUUUGUGCUCACUACUCAGUUUGAAGACAAAAUGGUACAUAUUGGAAAAAAUGAUCAUCAAGGUAAUGCAAUUUUGAAACCAGUAGCAGUAAUGCAUUAUAAUGAAAGUAUGGGGCCAAUCGACAAAACGGACAUGCUCUUGAGUUCAGUUGAAUGUGUGAGAAGAACAAUCAAGUGGUAUAAAAAAUUAUUUUUUCACUUGAUUGAUCUUUCACUUUUGAACGCAUACUCAGCUUACAAAACGUGUACUGGACUCAAAACUAGCCUUGCAGACUUCCAGUACCAGUUGAUACGUGAAAUAUUCACUAAGUAUGCAACACAAAAGCAAAAUAUAUGUCGCCGUUCAAACACGUUAUGUUUACCAGAGCGUUUACAAGGACGUCACUUCCCUUCAAUAGUACCACCUACAUCAAAAAAAUUAAAACCACAAAGACGAUGUUUAGUAUGCCAGAACAAAUUCAAUAAAAGAAAAGACACAACAUACAUGUGUGUAAAGUGUGAUGUAGGGUUGUGUCCAGUCCCGUGUUUUGAAAUUUACCACACACAGGAAAAAUAUUUUUUACUACCUAAAUUAUAA